ACCACCACCACCUUCGCGACUUAAAUAAAAGAACUGCAUUCUAAUACUUUAGUGCUUUGACCAGUCAAGUUCUUAACUGAAAUUUGGCUAUUUGACGGUCAAAUUAAAGUAUUCCCUCCCAUAGAAAUUAACGAAGCGUAUACGUAUCUCUCUUUUUCUCAAGAAUGAACUCCACUCAAUUGUCUUCUCCUCCCGCUUCUCCAGCUCAUCGUUUCAUCUCAAUUCAUCAAGCUCAGCAACCCCAGCAACCAGUUUCCCCACGUCCAGCAUUCUUAGAACGCAGAUCCUCUGGCGUACCUUUGACACCUUCCUCAGAGAGCUACCUGCCAUUCCCACGUACAGGCUCUCCAGCACCAGCUCAAGCACCUUCGCCAUUACUCACAAACGCAGUCAUCAACUCACCACUUGCCUUGAACGCUACUUUGUCACCUCCAACGACUCCCUCACUCUCAAAAAGACCGCUUAACCCAGUCACAAGCAGCCCACGUUCAUCAAUUGCCUCUAUUACUUCCCCAACUCACAGGCAGUCGAUGGCUUUAGCUGUUUCCCUUUCAUUGGCAGGCAGCGUUGCUUCUUCCAGAUGCUCAUCCACUUCUGGUCAAUCUAGACUUUCUUCGAGAAGGUCUUCAUUCCAGAAUUACAACUGGUCAGAUCAAAACGCACGUGAUUACGAUGAAAACGACGACGAUGAUGAUGUUUGUGACAUUUUCAGACUUGGCGAUAUCUUUGGUGAAGGCUACGAAUUUGAGGGUCAAACUGUCAGAUCAGUUGAACUUGGUAUUCACAGCCAACAACGUCUCACGGACAGACCUAAAAAGAUGGAAGUAGUUAAAAAAUUAGGCACUGGAUCUUACGCUGCUGUUUACGCUGUAAAAGAAGUUCUAGAACAUGAUUCAGAUGAAGAUGAUCUUGAAUUAUCCGGCGUACCAACAAAGACGCCUGCCAGACGUCAACCAAGGAUGUUUGCAUUGAAAGCGUUAUCCAAGAAGAAUCUGGAUGAUUCUCAAUUAGAUAUUCAAAUGUAUGAAGCAAGAAUUCACCAAUCCUUACCUGUCCAUCAAAAUAUUGUUACUCUUUAUCACACUUUGGAAACUUCAGGUUGGUUAUUCUUGUUAAUGGAAUAUUGUCCAGGUCAAGACCUCUAUUAUUGGUUACAAGGUCGUUUGGAUGAAUCUAGUUUGGAUGUUGAAGAAUCUGAUGAAGAAGUCACCAUGUCAAAUGAAAUGACACCUUCUGCAUCUACUCUAGCUGCUACUCCUUUAGCUAGAAGUCAACAUUCAUUUAUGGAUAAAUACCUAGGCGGUGUUGGUAGUAAAACACCCUCAACUCCUUCAUUACUCGCAAACGUUGAUACAAGAAAUACAAUGGAGGGUAGAGCAAGAUUGAGAUUGAUUUCAAGGAUGUUCGAAUCGAUGUGUGAAGCUGUGGCUAUUUGUCAUGAUAACGGUAUUAGUCAUAGGGAUAUCAAACCAGAAAAUUUUAUUGUUACUGAUGGUGUUGAUAUCGUUGAACUAGGCGAUGGUAGAACUAAGAAAGAAAGAAAGGUUGUUUGCAAAUUAACUGAUUUCGGUUUAUCCACUUUUGAUCAAGAAUCGUCAGAUUUUGAUUGUGGUAGUAAGUCUUACAUGGCUUUCGAAUGUCGUAACAACCUUAAUCCUACUUACAAACCAAAGCCAGCUGAUGUUUGGUCACUUGGUAUCGUUCUUCUCAAUAUGCUCUUUAAGCGUAAUCCAUGGGGCGAACCAAAUGUUGAAGCUGAUGAAUCAUUUGAUUAUUAUUGCCAGGAUCCUCAAAUGUUCUUGACUGGUGCAUUUGCUUUAACUGAACCAGCAGCCGAAUAUUUGGCUAAGAAUGUACUCUGUGAAGAAACAAAUGAACAUCACAGAAUCACUGCUAGAGAAUUCGGAAGAUGGGCAAGAGAUCUACAUAAAUAUGUUAAUUUACCAAACCAACCUAGCCCAUCAGUCAAACCAGCUGUAUUGAGCAACGGAUUCACACCAUUACAAAUACCAUCAAGACCUCAAUCACCUGUUAAAUUAUCACGUUCACAAGUCCUUAAGAAUGAUUUAUCAGAGAUCGCUCAAACAGCUUCACCUAGAGCUAACAAAGUACAAACUACACUCUCAAAUGCUGUUGAAUUUGAUCCAGAUCUUGAUGAUACUUUACCAUCACCCUUGCCAAUGCCUGAAAGGAAAUUACAAGAUCAAAGCGAAGCUGAUAACAUGUUCGAAGAGGCAACACCACGUGUUAAUAAAUCACCAAAUAAAUCAGCAUUACUUGAGUUCGAAAGUAAUGAGGAGCCAACGCCUAUGAGAUCACCAAUUUCGUUCAAGAAGAAUAAACCAACGAAAGUACAAAGGGAAACGUUUGAACAUACUACUACACCAACUAUGGCGACUGCAUGGAAUUCAUAUGGACAACGUAGGGAUAGAAUAGAGAAAAGACAUCAAGCAGCCAAUCAAAUAGGAAGUACUCCACCAGCGACUAAACCAGGAUUCCGACCAAUGAACACAUCAGCACCUGCUGCUGGUGGAAUUACAAGGGAUAAACCUGUUGAACCUAAACCGGUUGGAGUAUACAGACCACCAGCUGCUAGAUCUAAACAACAGCAAGAACAAGGGGAUAGGAAAGUAAAUAAUGCAAAUGCGAUUGCGAAUGAGUGCGUUAAACCACCAAUUUGGAGGAGGAAUACCUCUAAAUUGGUUGAUAAUCGUAAGGCCAAUAGUAGGUCUAACGCUACUUUAGGCAGACACAACCUAGUCAAACGCAAUCGCAGGUACCCUACAAGUCGGGUGGUACGAAGACCUCUUUUAGGAAACCAACAGACAAAAUCAACGGAUACCAGAGCACCAAUACGUCAACGAAUCCAACAAACGCGUACGGACAAAGAGCGUUUAAUCAAGGAGGACAGACAACAAGACAAUUGGAGGCUAGUCAAGCGUACAAAUCGUUUAACAAACACAAACCAUCAAAGACUUUUGAACAAAUCCAACAAGCGUCGAAAUCAAGCAGGCCUUUCGCAAGGCUAGUCGGUUUGCCUUUUGGUAAUAUUCAAAGUUCUAGGGAGUAGUGGCUGGCUAUAAAUGAAAAAAAGGUGAAAAAUGAAAUAAUACAAAUAAUAAACGUAUUUUAUUUUUGUUAAAGAAAUCACUCAAAUAUAAAUGUCACACUUCUCUCACGAUAAAUUAUUUUAUUGUUCGUUCGUCUCUUUAAGUAAAACGACGAACAAGGAUGAGAUAUGGUCACACUCAGUAGAAACUAUUUGGAUGUUGAUAAAGAAACGUUGAUAGAAUUAAUAUCAUUUGUUUUAGCUAGGAUUGUCAAGCAUAACGAUCAGCUUCAUUUUGAUAGCAACAAGCUUACUAGGUUUCACUCAAGAGCUGCACCCGGAAUAACAGUAAUAGACUAUUUGAAUAGAAUUAAUAAAUACACUAAUACUGAUCCAUGUUGUUUACUCAUUUUACUUAUUUAUAUUGAUAGAAUAUCUACGAUGAUGCCAGACUUAACUAUAACGAGCUUAACCGUCCAUAGAUUCAUCAUCACUGCUAUAACGGUCUCAUCGAAAGCGCUCUGUGACGUCUUCUGUACGGCUAGCCAUUACUCAAAAGUAGGUGGGCUAUCACUUAAUGAGCUCAAUUUAUUAGAAAGGGAAUUUUUAAGAAUCCUAGAUUGGAAUCUCACAUGCGAAGAUCAGCAACUACAGAAGUAUUACUUGAAUUUAGUAGAAGGACAUCCAAAUUAUACGUUAGGAGAUUUCACAGAUCAAAAAUCAUCUAAAAAUGUCGAAAUUAUGCCCAUAAAAACUCAUAGUCCUGUUGAAAGUAAUCAAAUUAUCCCACAAUCACGACCAUUUGUUGAGGCAGAUAUACAAAAACAACAGCAACAACAACAACAGCAGCGGC